AUGCGUUGUGAUAUAUUUAAUUUUGCAAAAAAUCACAAAAAAACAAUUAUUACAGUGGCUGGUUUGGCAAUUACAAGUGUUCCAGCAGUUUAUUAUUUUUUAAAAAAUAAUGAAGAAUCUUCAUUAAAGAUAAAUGAAAAAUGGGAAGAUGAAUAUAUUAAUAAAGUUGAUACUUUAAAAAAAAAACAUGAAUAUUUGUUGAGUGCAUAUUCUAGUGUCUGUCAAUCAAGGAUGAAAAAAUACUUAUUAAAUAUUAUUGAAAUAAUAGAUAAAAUUUAUGAUAUUGAAAGUUUAAAAAAGCAAGUAAUGGAAGCUGAGACAUCUGGAGCCAGAGCAAAAGCAUUUAAAAUUUUAGGCAAAACGGUAAUUGCAAGAGAUAUAUCAUUUUCAAUUAUAACAAGUUGUAUGAUCUUUGCACUAGAAUGUCAGGCAAAUGUUAUAGCUCAUGAAAUGGCAAAUCAAUCUAAAUUUAAUAAUUCCUCCAAUUCAGUAGACUCAGAGGCAUUGUAUAUUCAAACUUUUUUAAGAAUGAUAUCAUUAUUUAUUUCAGAAAAUAAUUUAAAAAAUAUUACAAAAAAAGUUAAUGAAAUUGUAUUUGUAGAUAUGGAACCAGUUGAUUUAAAAAAAUCAUUUACAAAAAAAGAAUUUAUUGAUACUCUUGUAGUUCUUGGAAAAGCUGUACUUAGAGAUAACUUUUUUCAAAAUAUAAGUGAUAAAUUUGUUUCAAAUAUGAAUUUUGUAAGACAACAAGAAAUUGAAUUAGUUAUCCUUUUUGAAAAUUAUGUUUAUUUACUUAAAAAUGUUUGUAAAAAUAAUUUACUAGAAUUAUUAGUUGAGAGAUAUUUGACAAAUUUUGGCUUCAAAAUAUUUUCAAAGAUUGAAUCUGACAAUUGUUAUUAUAUUGGAUUAAUACCACAAAUAUCCGAAACAUACAAUGAAACUGCAUUCCAAAACGGAAAUUUAAAUGUUAAUGAUAUUAUAUGUGAUAUUCAAAAAAUUUGUUAUGACAAAUUGACAAACAAAGCAUAA